GUCCCAGCAAUGGUGGCAACUUUGCGGCGUGCAAGCUGGUGGUCAGCCCUGAGCCACUGAGUAUGGACAUAUCAGCUCCGGGAAGCAAAAAUCCUGCCUCCGACCUUGCGGUCUCGAAGUCCUGGCAACGUCCCACCGGCUACCUGGAAGCGCGACUAGUGACAGCAGAGGUCUGCCUGCAAGCCAUGGAGGAAUGGGAUCCAGACUUUCCAGCAGCGGCAAGCCUGUUGAACAGUCGCGGCGAGACGGCAUUACACAUUGCAGCAUCCGUGGGUGACUUGGAAUUGUGCAG